AGAAGUAUAACCAAAGUUUAUAAAAGCAUAAAAUAUAGAAACAAUAUUCCCUUGAAUAGUGUGCGCCAUACAAUAAGAUUGUUGCGAUGUAUAAUGUUAAAUUGUAUUGGUGUUUUAGGUAAUUAUGUUAUUUUUCUCUCCCCUGUAGUUUGCUCCAUGGGAACCAGUACCAACAGGUUGUACAGUACUCUUGCUCCAACUAUCAGUGAUAAUGGUAUUCCACAGUCCCAGGAAUUUGUUGUUGAGACAGACUUGGAACCAGUUGAUCCAACAGACCCAAACGAGCUCCUUAAAGAAUGUCAAAAGGUCCUUGAAAAUCGUCCACCCAGACUUCAGCGGGAUUUUUUUUAUCUAAAGAAAAGCAGUCAAGCAGGUGACUGCCGUCCAAUCAAGGUCCUUCAGUGGAAUAUUCUUGCACAAGCUCUGGGAGAAUGGAAGGAUAACUUUAUCAAAUGUCCAAGAGAAGCUUUGAACUGGUCAGAGCGUAAAUACCUGAUCCUGGAGGAAAUUCUAACCUACUGUCCAGAUAUACUGUGUCUUCAAGAAGUGGAUCAUUACUUUGACACCUUCCAGCCAGUUCUCAGCGGUUUAGGCUAUCAUUCGACUUUCUUUCCUAAACCAUUAUCUCCUUGUUUGGAUGUCGAACAUAACAACGGACCAGAUGGAUGUGCUCUCUUUUUCCUGCGAGAGAGGUUUGAAUUGAUUGACAGUGUCUCAUUGAGACUGGUAGCCAAGUUGUUGCAGACCAAUCAAGUGGCCAUUAUCCAAACCCUCCGGUGUAUUGAAACCAGCAGAAUAUUUUGCAUUGCUGUUACACACCUGAAAGCUUGCAGUGGCUGGGAGCGGUUUCGUUCGUCACAAGGCUGUGAUCUGCUUCAGAAUCUGGAAAACAUAACAGGGGCUGGUACUCCCCUUAUUGUGUGUGGAGACUUUAAUGCAGAGCCCACUGAGGACGUUUACAAACAAUUUACAAAGUCCAGUCUCAAUCUGAACAGUGCCUAUAAACUGUUGAGUGAGGACGGGCAAUCUGAACCUCCCUUCACAACAUGGAAAAUACGGCCCUCUGGUGAGAGCUGCCAUACAUUGGAUUACAUUUGGUAUUCCCAACACGCAUUUGCUGUGAAUAGAUUACUCAACUUGCCCACAGAAGAACAGAUUGGUCCUAAUCGUUUACCAUCAUUUCAUUACCCUUCUGAUCAUUUGUCACUUAUUUGUGAAUUUAGCUUUCUUGAUCAACUGGAUUGAUGACUCCUUUCAAUUUGUUGCUGGAAGUGAUCAGUUGAAGCUUGCCAUCUUUCAAGUCCACUGCACACUCUUUGUUGAAUCAUUGAUUUUGCUGUAUGAAUGAGAAUAACACGCUCAGAUGAAACAAGUGACAAACCCUGAUUAAAGUGCCAGUGAAAUUUCUAAAUUCUGUUUCUUUGAAGCAAUGCAUUUAUAUAAUUCUUGUUUAAUUUGUUGUCCAUGAUCCUUGGUCAGCAUUUUAGCCGUGCAAUAAACAAAUACCUAGCUUUGUUGCGUUAUGCAAUAUUAUGAUUUACCUGCAAUUUUGUCCCUUUGUGCCCCAUGGUUGACUAUGAAAGCAACAAAUUUACCUCAUAAACUAUUCUCUAAUUUUUGUUCCGGUUGAGUGCAAGCAAACACCUUAUUCUGAACUACGAUUAUCCCAAUGUAAACUGUUCAAGAUAAUUAUUGCAUUUAAGAUGGUUGGAACAUAUAAUUUUAAUUAUUUAAGUGCUAAUGAUUGUGUCAUUUGUGUAAUUUAACAAAAAUAGGCAAGUGUUAUUCGUUAUUCAACCGUGUACGGAGUGCUGGGGUAUGGACUAGGUUUGGGUGGCACUGAUAGAGCUGAGUUCAUUGUGACCUCUGGUACUGCGUGCAAAAGUAGCACAGUCUUGUGACCAGGCAGAUUUAUUUAUGAUGUUCUCGUUUCCCCCCCAAUAGUCCAAAGAUGUGCAGGUCGGCAGGUAAUUGGUCACUAAAUUGCCCUUUGUAUGUGGACGAGUGAUGGAAUCUGGACGAAACAGAAAUGUGGGCAGAAUAAACAAAACAAAUUAUUGUAGGAUCAAUGCAUGAUGGUAAACAUGUCUUGCUGGACUGAAGGACCUGUUGCCAUGCCAAAUGACUGCAACUAAGCAUAUGUCCAUUGUAAUACAGUAGAUAAUACCCUCAAAUGGCUGCAAAUCUGAUUUGUUUCCCAUCUCCUCGUGGUCUGCUUAUUACAUUAGGAUCAUUAGAGGUUGUCAAAUUUCACUACACAUGUCACAUCAAUUGGCAGCUGCUAAGUGAAGUCAUCUUAACAAUAAACAGCAUUUUUAACUGUUCCAGUGUUGAAAGGUUAUUGUCAACACAAUGUGACAAGCCUUUGUUUAAAAAAAUAAACAGAUCAAUCUGCUAAAAUGGGAAUUUCAUUUAACUGCAGGUACUGCCAACAGCAAUAUUUGGACUUGCAUGCUGGCAGUCCACUGGAAAUACUUGAAAUGUCUGAAUUGGUUAUUGGGAAUAACUAUUUUCCAGCUAUUCAAUCCUUUUUUUAAAUCCAGUAAUACGAAAUGACCACUAUUAGAGUAAAAAAAGGGUAAAGGUUUUCAUUAUUUGUUUCACAAACUGUAUAUUACAGGAUAAAAUCUAAUGACUUAACAAAACUUCAAUCCUUUAUUCUAAAAAUAAAUCAUGAUUUGGACACUGAACCCAAUUUUUGUCUAAUGUAUUGUGAAAGAAAUGUAAAUGAUCAUUUAGCUGUAUUGUGCAGCCUGUUGCUUAGUUCUUUCUUUACCAUGAUGGUCAAUUAUUUAAUGCUCCAGUUCUGUCAUGCAAUGUAUAAAAUUGCAUUGUUUUAGAACAUUCUGAAUUAGAGUAUUAAGGGAUAAAUCAAAGUGCUUGAAAAUCUACUUCAUUCCAAGCUAAAUUGCAGUGAAUACAUAAAGACAGUUUAACUUAAAUACACUUAUUUUUGUUGUAAAUGCCAAUAAUUAUGCAGAGGAAUGCAUGAGGAAUUUAGAAAGGCUACUUUGGAACUUUUUAAAAAGCUGGUAACUAAAGGCUUGUGAUUUCAAAAUGUUAUUAAAAAAAAAUAGAACUGCACUAUUAA